GUGGAUGAUUGUCGUGGAUUAAGCACCUGUUACAUACGCAUUCCCACGUUUAAAAUAUCUCUGUAAUUGACAUUUGGAGGUCUGAAAUGUCCAUAAUUAAUAGCAAAUAAAAAUUAUUAUUCCAAAUUGGGGGUUGCCAUAGAUUUUCGUAAUGCUCUCAUGUGUUGCUACAUAAACGAUAAAAUAUCUACCAGAUAAUUUUCAAAUUAGUAAUAUAAUAUUUUGGCGGUGUCUAAAAAUAUGUGUAAUUAAUAUGUGUAAGGUUUAUUUGCCCUCUAUCGAUAAAUAUAUACUUUAUGUUUGGUUGGAGAUAAUUUGAAUGAAGUACCAGCCUCCAUACAAAAGAAACUCCUUUUAUUAACAAAUGAAAGAACCAUACGACUAUUAACUAAAUGAUAGUAUCAUUCUGGUGUCAGUGAUGCUACGUCGUUAUGUUCGUUAGUUUCAUAAAUGCCUUAUCGUCAUAUUAUACAGGUGGACGUCGAAGGAGAACCUCCUUGCACAUCAUGAGGAGGAUGACCCUCAGCUGUUUGUCGCGCUAUACGACUUCCAGGCAGGGGGAGAGAACCAGCUCAGUCUCAAGAAAGGCGAGCAAGUGCGCAUUAUGAGUUACAACAAAAGUGGGGAAUGGUGCGAAGCGCAUACGCUGGGCGGCGGCGUGGGCUGGGUGCCCAGCAACUACGUCACCCCGGUCAACUCGUUGGAGAAACACUCGUGGUACCACGGCCCCAUAUCGCGCAACGCUGCUGAGUAUCUGCUCUCGUCGGGCAUUAACGGCAGCUUUCUAGUCCGCGAAUCCGAAUCUAGUCCUGGCCAAAGAAGCAUCUCCCUGCGAUACGAAGGCAGGGUGUAUCACUACCGGAUCAACGAGGACUCUGAUGGAAAGGUGUACGUGACAUCGGAAUCAAAAUUCGGCACUUUGGCCGAAUUGGUCCACCACCAUUCGGUGUUGGGAGACGGGCUGAUCACUCAGCUGCUGUAUCCGGCGCCGAAGAGGAACAAGCCUACCGUGUUCCCGCUGGCGCCACCCGACGAGUGGGAGAUAGAUCGCACGGACAUAGUGAUGAAACACAAACUGGGCGGAGGGCAAUACGGCGACGUGUACGAGGCCACGUGGAAGCGAUGCAAUAUCACUGUGAGUAUGGUUAUUUAUAUUGAGCCAACUAAGCUACACCGUGAUAAGUUGAUUCAAUAUAUAUAUAUAUAUGUUUUGAUCUUAAAUUAUUUAAUCUGGAAUAUUUGAAAAUAUUACUCGUAUGAAUUAACAUGACACCUGAAGGCCUAUUCUAUUUCACUGAAACCGAAAUUUCGUUUAUUUUCGAAAUGCUAAUACGACUUCAAAGACCUGACGCUUCUAAUGAAUAGAUGAUUUUCAUGGAUUUUACAUCGUGUACAAAUAGAAUAGGUCCACUGUUAUUUUAAUUCGUACGAAUUAUAUCAUAUAAGCUUCGUUUAAUUGUCAAAUUUUGGUCCCAUUGCAUUUCAAUCUA